AUGUUGUAUCUGCCAUCAGCCACACAACACGUUAUUACAUCAGCCGAAACAGACAACAACAGACAACAUAUUCCCUGUCGCACACUCAUAGACACGUGUGCGACCACAAAUUUCAGUACAGAACAUUUAGCAAACAGGCUCAACAUUCCACAGCAGAAAUGUUCGAUUCCCAUUGGUGCUCUCAAUGUUUUAUCAACAGUAGCAAGACACUACAUUACAGCUACGAUACAGUCAAGAGUCAGUGAUUACCAACGUACAUUGAGUUUCUUAACAAUUCCAAAAAUUGCAUCGUUCAUUCCGGAACAGCACAUAGAUCAAUCUAAAAUUAAAAUUCCUAAAAACAUCAAGCUGGCAGACACGGACUUUCACCGCCCAGCUCCCAUAGACAUGUUACUUGGCUCAGGAGCCGCGUUAUCACUCUUGAGUAUAGGACAAAUUAACUUAGCUCCACCAGAAGAACCCGGGUUGUACCUUCAAAAGACAAAGGUUGGUUGGGUCAUCGGGGGGAGUUCUCCAGGUUCCGAUUCGCCCCACAGCACGACCUGCCAUAACAUCAGGACUUUACACUUUGGUAUGGCUCGGUUUUGGGAGAUUGAAGAGAGCCCACAGACCCAACAUCUCUCAGAUUCGGACAAAUUCGCGGAACAACAUUACGUCCGACACACAAAACGGAACAACGACGGACGUUACGUCGUGGCGCUUCCUUUCAAGGAUAACAUCGGUCAACUUGGGGAAUCAAAAACACAAGCCUUAAAACGAUUCGAAUCUCUUGAAAGGAAAUUACAAUUUUACAGAAAGAGUAUCGCACAGUCAUGA